AUGACAACAAUAAAACGAGCGGAGGUGGAGCCCCUCCCCAAAGCCCUCCUCCCCCUCUACCACCGCAUCUACUGCUUCCUCUGGCUCUGGGGCCUCAAACUCAUCGCGACAAUACACGCCAUCUACAAGGACCUCAUCCACCCGCCCCCGCCCGGCACCCACCCAACCCUAACCCUGCACCUCCCAUCGCGCCCGACGCUGCAAACCCGCAUCUUCUACCCACCCACCUACACCGCGGGCCAACCGACCCUCCUCCCGACCUACAUCAACCUGCAUGGCGGGGGCUUCGCCGUCAACACAGCGCGCUUCGACGACCCCUUCUGCGCCUCCUGGAGCCAGCGCACGGGCAUGCUAGUCCUAAGCCUGGACUACCGCAAGAUCCCGCUCCACCCAUUCCCGACCGCGAUCCACGACGUGGAAGCGCAGAUCCUCGACCUGCUGGCGGACACCGCACUGCCCAUCGACCGCACCCGCCUAGUGAUCGGCGGCUUCAGCGCGGGCGCCAGCCUCGCGCUCGCCGUCGCGCAGCUCCCUUCCCUGCGGCGCAAACUCCGGGCUGCGAUCUGCUACUAUCCCAUCGUGGACUUCAGCCACUCCCCGCCGGACAAGAUGCACGCCCGCCCUUACCAGGACUACUGGCGCGAUCACCUGGGCGAUGCCGGCUGGUGGAUCGAUUGGGGGUAUGUCUGUCCCGGUCAGGAUCGGCGCGAUCCCCUGCUCAGCCCGUGGUAUGCGGCCGCGGAGGAUCUGCCUGAAAGGCUGUAUAUGGUUGCGGCGGAGUUUGAUUUGUUGAGGGUCGAGGCGCAGGAGAUGAUUCAUCGGUUGGCCGAGUUGGAGGGCAGGCGGGAUAAGGAGGAGGGGUUUGAGGUGGGUGGGUAUAAGUGGACCAUGGCGAGGGGGUGUAGGCAUGGGUUUACGCAUGGCAGUUCGAAGGGGAGGAGGUCGAGGAGGGUGAGGGUUAGGGAGGAGAUUUGGGAGGAGGCGAGGGGGUGGUUGGUUAGGGGUGGGGUUUUGGGGUAG